UUUCUCGAGGCGAUGACUGAAUAUGAUCAGAUCGUGGUGCUGAAUGCGAAGAAGAAGAAAGCCAUCACCUUUGCUCUUUGACCCCUCUCUCUCUCUCUCUCUCUCUCUCUCUCUCUCCCGGCCCGAGGUCCAAGGGAGGGUUCGCGCGUGAAUCAGACAUAACGUAGCGAUUCAUCUGGGGGUCCAGAGCUCUCCCGUCGUCCUGCCAUGGACUCCAGUAACAAUGCGCCGGCUAAUGGUCCACCUCCCAAGCCAUGGGAAAGAGCCGGGGCUUCGUCGGGUCCUGGACCAUUUAAGCCGCCAUCACCCGGAAGCACUAGUAAUGUAGUGGAAGCUUCCGGAACAGCAAGACCCGGUGAAAUUGUUUCGACUACUGAUAGGACUGUUCCUGUUAACACCAAUUCUAUUGCCAGGCCGGUUCCCACCAGGCCAUGGGAGCAACAAUCCUACGGAAACAAUUAUGGAGGAUAUGGUUCUGGUCUGAAUUAUAACUCGGGGUAUAAUUCGGGGAUGCUUGGCUCUUCAUUGGGAGGAUAUGGAGGAUCUUAUGGGGCUGGAGCAUCUUAUGGGGGUGGAUUAUAUGGAAAUGGAAUGUACCGAGGAGGUUAUGGUGGGCUGUAUGGUGGUUCUAGCUUGGGCGGUGGUUAUGGUGGGGGCAUGUACAAUAGUGGGUUUGGGGGUCCAAUGGGUGGUUAUGGAGGUGGUUAUGGUGUUGGCAUGGGUCCCUAUGGCAAUCAAGAUCCGAAUAACCCUUAUGGCGCUCCCCCUUCUCCCCCAGGAUUUUGGAUUUCCUUUCUUCAAGUGAUGCAAGGAGUUGUUACAUUUUUUGGCCGCAUUUCGAUUCUGAUAGACCAGAAUACCCAGGCAUUCCACAUGUUUAUGUCUGCACUUCUUCAGCUUUUUGACCGAUCAGGAUUAUUGUAUGGUGAGUUGGCUAGAUUUGUAUUAAGAAUCCUGGGAAUCAAAACAAAGCCUCAAAAGGUUCAUCCACCUGGACACAACGGUAUGCCUGGGCUCCCCAAUGCUCCCCCUCAUAACGCUAUUGAGGGACCGAAAGCAGGUCAAAGUGGUGCAUGGGAUAGUGUAUGGGGGGACAAACCCAGUAGUUAAAGACGUUACCACAAUAGAUUGGAUACUCAAGACUGCUGAGGGUAAUGAUGCUUGACCCGCUCAAUAAUUGGGGGCAAAAUACUAUGGCUGCGCCGGCGUAGUCUCUCAAUUUUGGUUCGCCAAAGGGCUAUUCUUCCUGUGAAGGCUGUAGGUGAAACCUAUCCUCCAUGAGAUGGUUGUGAUGUCAAAUUACACUGUAGAUCACUGUACUUCUAAGUAAAGAAUUUCCGUGGCAUGUAUAUGUGGAAUUGAGUAUGCAAUGAGAUUUGUGGGGACUCGGAAGGUUCAGUGUUACUACUUUCUGCAGUGUGUAUUCAGGUUGGUUCGAUCAGCUGAGCAAGAUCACCAAUUGCGCUACGAUGGAGUAAGGGUGUCUGUAUUUGAUAAAUUUGCAGUGUGAAAUCACACGUCCUUGCUUUAGUAUUUCUCUGAUGCCAUCAUUUCGAGUCGUCUUCUUGAUUGAUGAGAUGAUUAAUAAGGGUCAAAGCUGAAAUUUUUGGAUUA